UGUUUCAAAUUAUUAAAUAAUUACUCAAAACGAAACAUGUUCUGUAGAUAUAUAUGUGGUAGCAAAUUAAUCCAAAUAUACACUUAAUGAUAUGACUUGUGUUUAGUAAGGAUAAUGUUUUAUUGGAUCAUAGUGAGUGCAGCGGCCUUAUGGCUGGCUCUGACAUGGUAUUUCCCAAUAAUGUUUUGUCUUUUGUACUUAGUAUUGUUAACUAUAUUCCUAGUAUUAGGUGUAUUUGUUUUGACACUUUGGGGUCAUGUUUCUCUGUCUUCUCCCCAUCAAACUUCUCUAUACUUGCUAGACAGAGCUGAGAAAGAAGUACGACAACUAGACGAGAUCCGAAAGGAAGACCAAAGUAGUGGUCUCUAUUCAGCAAAGAAAACUCAUCUGCCUAUAAUAUUCAGCCGCACUGUGGACAGUCAGUUACAACAACUAAUUGAUUAUAUGCUAAGAGACUUUGUCACCUGUUGGUUAAAGGAGUUAUCACAUAGACCGGAGCCUGUAGUAGAUAAAUUAAAGGAACAUGUUUGGGGUGCCAUACAGAAUCUCUAUGAGAGACUUCUGAGAGUUGAUGCAGAGAAACUUUUAGCUAAUGACAUGGUUAUUAGAAUCACACAACAUUUUGAACGUAUACGUAUUGCCAAAACUUAUGGAUCAGAGGUAAACCAACCACCUGUGUUUGCUUUGGCUCCACACUUGAUGACUUUUGAAACCGAACUACACUACUUACGCCAGAUUAGUGAACUGAUUGUAACAUGUCUGAUGCCUCGCUGUUACUCACUGUCGCCUACUUCAUACCUAAUGACAGAGAUAUUGGCUUGCAAAGUACUUCUUCCUGCGAUUGAUCUCAUAACAGAACCAGACUAUAUAAAUCAGAAGAUAGUACAGUAUUUGGAAGCUCAAAAAGAAGUGAAUGCAAUGCAUGUUAGAACACACGAGUAUGCGAAAACGUUCGAAGAUUACAUAAGGCUAAUUAACAACUGCAAUAAUGUUGACACGCUGAAACGGUUACGAUAUGACAUCGUAACCCAGAUAAUGCAAGCCACUACCUUACAAAAUGUCAAAAGGGCUAAAGGCAUAGAUAUCGAGGCAAUAGAGAAGACUAACAGUCAGCUUAACAUAAGCAGACAACAGAUUGCAGAUGCUAAAAAGCUCAAGCGAUAUAUUACUCAACUGACAAUAGCAAAGGCCGAGUGUGAAGAUGCGCUGAGGAAGGUGGGCUGGGAUGGAGCUUUUCCCGCUGUGGAGUCUGAUAAUAACAAGACUAUGCCAUUACAUAAAGUGAUGGAAAGUGUGACGGGGCGUAGAUAUCUAUCUAUGUUCUUAGAGACCAUGUGUUCCCAAGGCCUAGUCGGUUUCUGGAUGGCAGUGGAAGAAUUGAGGCACAGUCCUAGAAGUAGUUGGCAUCAAUUAGGUGCCGAAAUUUUUUAUACCUAUAUAAGAUCGCCCAGUGCUGAAAUCAAAGUAGAUAAGGAUACUAGGAAAAGGAUGGAAGCAUUUCUAUUAGGUGAUAAAGGGCCAGAAGUAUUUUUUGAAGUACAAGAUACAGUUGUGGACACAAUUCAAGAAAAAUAUUAUUCAUCGUUUCUAUUAAGUGACAAGUAUACUGCAUUGAUUGCGGAACUCGCAACCGAAGAAGCCAACAAAGAAUUAAAUUGUGAAAGAUCGCCAAUAGAGGACCGUCAGCUGUCGAAUGAGUCGGCGUCGUCCGCGGAGAGUGUGGGGGGCGCACUACACCUCACCGAACACUCCACGUACGCCAGGAGAAAGCUCGAUCAACUGCAAGAGAGGCAUAACAACAAAACACAGGCAUUAGCAGCGCUCCGUGCCUCACUGAAACCGGAAUCACCAGCGCUGGCCAUGUUAGCCAAUGAGGUCGAGAAGUUGGCCGGCGAACAAAUGAGGUUGGAAGCACAUCUCGCACGAACGGACACAUGGGCGGAACAUUUGGGCAAUUGGCGAGCCACCGUUCACAGUGCUGAGGUCAUAGAUGAAUCUAAACCACCACAAUUCGUAAUAGUCGUGCACAUGGCUGAACAAGAAGCUACAAAUGGCGACGACAGGCCGGAACAAAUAUCAACCGGCUGGGUGCUACUGAGGACUCUUAAUGAAUUUCAGGAACUACAUCGAAAACUUAGGCCUAUGUGUUCCGAACUUAAAAACUUGGAGUUGCCGUCGAAUUCGUUUAAAUUUUUAUUUGGAAAGAAUGAUAGAAAUUCAUUAGAGAAGGCUAAAAUAUUAAUUCAAAAAUAUUUAGAAUUUGUUUUAGAGGAUGAUCGUUUAAAUCAAUGUGAAGCUUUGUACACAUUUCUAAACCCAAGCUCAGAAUAUUUAAAACAGGGCGAUUUACCAAAGAAAAAGAAGUUUUCUUUACCUACGUUUUUCAAAAGCACAAGUAGUGACGCUACAAAUAGGUCCUCUCAGGAGAAAGAGUUAUUCUCACAUAUCUCCGCCGACGAGGACGAAAUAUCGAUGUACCUUGAUGGGAAUGGAGCUGAUUCCACAAACAAAAAUGUGACCGCAAUGGGUGAGGAGAGGGACAGUAUAGCGGAGCCGUUGUACGCGCUGCUCAGCGAAGUGUUCGACAUGCGCGGCGUAUUCCGCUGGCUACGAAAAACAUUAGUCACUUUUGUACAGAUUACGUACGGAAGAACUAUUAAUAGGCAAAUCAAGGAGACAAUAUCUUGGCUGUUUUCUGAACAAAUGCUGCAUUAUUACAUAAGUGUGGUGCUAAAGUCGUGGUGGCCGGGUGGCGUCCUCAGCGCGAAUAUUUCUAAUAGGAAUUUUCAAGAUAAAGAACACACACGGACACUAGCGCUGCAGCAGCUCAGUGAGAGCGUGGUGGAAGCGCUGUCGUCGCUGGUGGGUGCGCACGCAGCCGCGCGCGGCGCUCACAAACUGUUUCACACGCUGCAGGACGUCACACAUAACAAACAGCUGUUCUAUGAACUAUUCGAAUUGGUUCUGCUAGAAGUGUUCCCUGAACUAAAACGUUAUCAUUGAAGUGUCUAUAGGUAAGAAGGAAGCACAUGACAAUAGAAUAAUUGAUACCAAAUGUUUAUACACUGUCUUACAGGGAUUUUAUCUGACAUUUCUCACUAUCUUUGAUACUCUAUGAGAAACAUUCCUUUUGUAUAUUUUUACUACUUGACUGAGUAUAUUUUUUAUAAUAAGUUAUUUUUAAAAUGGAGUAAAAAUUAAACUUUUAAUUAUUAUUUGCAAUAUGAUUGCCAUAUAUCUCAUUAUGUUCUACUAAUUAGUAAUAAGUUAUGAUUACAAUUUGAAAGGUAUAUGUUACUUAGAAUUGUAUUAUGUAAAGUUUUGUUAGAGGUUUGUGCCAAAGAAUGCACUCGAUUAAAUUAUCAAGGUUCAGGUUUUAUAUUUUUUCAAUACAGAUUAUUAUUUUAAUAUAACUCAUGAUUGAAGGGAAGUGAUAUAAGAUGGAGCGACACAUACAAAUCUAGCCCAUAUUCAUUCAAACACUAAUUAUCUAUUAUUCUUUCAAAGUAGUUUCUUGAUUUGAAAGAAUGUGACAAAACACUAUAGUUAAAGCUGAACUAAAAUUUAUUUAAGGAGUUUGGAGAGAGGUAGCAAAGCUGUAUACAAACCAUUUUAGAAACUUGAACAUAUGAUACAAUAUAUUGUGUAAGUUUAAUGUUGUCCAGUGCAGGUUUUUGAGAUUAAAUAAAGUAUUUCUAAUGUAAAUCUAAUGGGAUGGUGCCUGAUCUGUUUACGGCCUUAAAGCAAUGAAGUAUUAUCCCAAGUGUAAACUGAAAAGUUACCUGAUUUUAUUUACCUAAGUAAAUUUAUAAAUUCGUUUUAAUGGAAUUAUUAUUUUAAAAUCUUUAUUUUCGUUUUAUAUAAUUAUAGC